GUUGUACUUUGUUGUGCUGUGCUGUUUUAUUGUGCUUGUUGUACCGUGUUGUUCUGUGUUGUGUUGUACAGUGCUGUUUUAUUGUACUGUGUCAUGCUGUGCUUUGCUGUAUUGUGUUAUGUUGUGCUAUGCUGCAUUGUUUUGGGUUGUGCUGGGUUGUGCUUUGUUGAGUUGUUCUGUGCUAUACUUUAUUGUAUUUUGCUUGGUUGUCUCAUGCUGGGUUGUGCUUUGUUGUGCUGUUUGUGUUGUUCUAUGUUGUGCUGGAUUGUCUUGUCUUGUGCUGUUGUACUGUGCUGCGUUUUGCUGUGUUGUUCACUUGUUUGUUUUUAGCACUAUUCGAGUACGAAGAAGGGACAGUCAAGAAAUAAAUCCAUUGCUUGGGGCAGCCAGGUCCAAAGUAAGGAAUGACAGGAAGGUCAGAGGUCAGCUCAACAGUUCUUUUUCUUCUACUUCAUCUAGCUAUAAAAGACAAACUCCAAAUGGUGACAAGAGAGCUCUAGCCUCCAGGAGCUGCACCCCCACACGGUGCUUCCCCUUUGUGCCAGGUGUCAGUCAUCCUGGGCAGCCCAGUGUCCUCUGCGUGAAAGCUGGAGCCUUGGAGAUUCCUCAGCCUGCCCCGUCUGCUCCUCACCCUACAUGUGGAGCCAUGGGAUUGUAUUGGUAGUUCAAGGAUGUGACCACGUAGCUCACAAGGGAGGGAUGGGGGCCCUGUGUGGGAGUGGGAUGUUGGAGAAUUAUGGGAACACGGUCUGAUUGGGUAAGUCCUCAUACUCCUAGGUCCUUUUGCUCUCUUACUUUGUAAUGAGUGAGAACAGAAGAAGAGAGGGAAGAGAGCAUUAGUCCAUUUGGCCCAUGGUUCGAUCUGCGACAGGGAUAGAUUUUUGAGAACAUUGAGCUGAAUCCUCAAGGGAUCACACAGUUUCAAAGCAAGGAGGUACCCUACGGACCACUAAGUCACAAAGGAUUUCACUGAUUUAGAGCUGGGAGGGACCUAAUCUAGCCCAAUUUUACAGGCUAGAGUGCUGAGUGACUUGUGUGUGGUCUUACUGCCACCUAGUGAAGGGAAGGCACUUGCCCAAGGACACCUAGUAUGUCUGUGAUUGGACUUGAACCCAGGUUUCUUCAUGCCAAAUCCCCAGAUGGCUGAGAAUAUGUAGGGGACUCAUAAUAGGACCUUCCUGGUGACUCAGGAUGAGUGUUGGUAAGGCCUCCAAACCCCAAAUCAUUUCACUUGCUCUCCAAAGGGCACUGGUGUAGAGCUGAGAAUAACUGGCAGCAUCUCAAGAGGGCUUGAAGGCACAUCAUUAAUCCUCUCCUCUGCUUUAAGCAGCCAGGUAGGGCCCCUUCUCCCACCACUCUUCUGUGCCCCCCAAAUGGGUAAUGGGCUAGGAAGCUACCAAAUGGCGCCCAAUCCUACACCCAGCACUGGACAACAUUGCUGUGCUGUGGUCCACAGGGUCACAGAGUUGGGUGUGACUGAAAAACCAAUGUCAUUCAUAUUUUGGAACAGUUAGAUGGCACAGUGGAUGGACUCCCAGGCCUGGAAUCAGGAAGACUCAUCUUCCUGAGUUCAAAUCUGGCCUCAGAUACUUCCUAGCUAGCUGCAUGAUCCUGGGCAAGUCACUUCACCCUGUGUGCCUCAGUUUCUUUAUCUGUCAAAUGAGCUGGAGAAGGAAAUAUAAACCACUCCAGUAUCUUUGCCAAAAAAAUCCCAAAUGGGGUCAUGAAGACUCAACAACAGCAAUUGAGAAAACUAAACAACAUGUGUACAAAAAAGGCCAAAAGAGAACAGCCCAGAGAAAAUACUUGGCUUUCUUCUCUGAAAAUGAGGUGGAAUUGACCUAGCUAAUCUCCAAGGUCAUCUUCUAGUUCUAAAAAUUCCACCGUUUUCCAUUCAAUGGGCUCUUCUCCCAUUCCUAGCCUGAUUUACUUGCCUUUAGUUGGCCAAAGAUAUAGAUAGUUAUGACGCAAAUUCUGCUGUCAAAGAACUUCCAACCCCAUCUCAUGGAAGAGCAAGUACCCAAAUAUUAUCAUUUGGAUCCAAGGGAAAGAUGCUCUUUAGCUCCAAGAUUCAGAGUGAGGGUUGGAAAUUGACAUUAGCACCAUAUGGUGAACGUCUGCCUAAGGGGUUUGGACUUUGUCUUCUGAGCAGUAGGGAGCCACUGACGUUUUCUUUUGAAUCAGGAAGGACAUCACCACUUCAGGAAUGGGAGACAAACAACAACAGCUCUAUCCAGAAUGAAAAAAGGUCCCACCACACUCUGCCCUGUCUGCCCUCUGUCAGAACAUAUUUAGAGUAUUGUGUUCAGUUCCAGGAAGAACACUGAGGAAUUGGGGACAGUCCAGGGGAGGGUGAAGGGCCUCAACCCAAGGCCAGGUGAGGAUCUACUGAAGGAAAUGGCCAUGUUUUAGCCUGGAGAGGAGAAGAUUCAAGGGGAAUGUGAGUGCCCUUAAAAUAACUGAAGACGGGGGCAGCUAGGUGGCACAGCGUAUAGAGCAUUGGCCCUGGAGUCAGGAGGACCUGAGUUCAAAUCCAGCCUCAGACACUUAACACUUACUAGCUGUGUGACCCUGGGCAAGUCACUUAACCCCAGUUGCCUAAAAACAAAAGAAAACAAAAUAACUGAAGUCAACUAUUAGAAGAGGAAUUGGACUUUUCCUCAUUGAUCCCAUAGGGCUGAACCAGCAUCAGUGGGUGGAAGGUGAAGAGGGGCACCUUUGGACUUGGGGUCAGGAUAAACUUUCUACCAAUGAGCACCAUCCCAAAGGAAUGGGCUUCUUUGAGAGGUGUCAGGCAAGUGAAGACUGGGCAUACCAUAUGGACAAGGAACUCUGGUUCUAGUAUGAGUCAGACUAGAUGGAAGCUGAGGUCUUUCAUGUGCCUUGGACCUCCCCAGCUCCAAAUUCUGCUUCUCUUCUACUCAACUUCUGCUUGGGUGGGCCUGGUCGAGGCUCUGGGGUGGCAGGUGGAGAGGAAAGGGAGAAGAAAUCCUAAGUGAUUCAGCAGGAGCCUGGCUGACUCAGGAGGGGAGAGAAAUGAGAGAAAUCUGGCCGCCUAUCGGGUUCCCUCCCUCACCUUUCUAAGCCAGGUUUCUUUCUUCCUCCCUUUCCUCCCCAUCCUCUCUUUGUACCUGGUCCCUCUUCCAUCCCUUCCAACAGGUCACACGCUUUCUUAUAUUCUCUACCUUCUCUCCACUUCUUCGCCUCCCCCCAGCCCGCCCCCGUUGCCAUGCAACGCGCGCAGCCAACCCCGAUGGCCGGUGGCCGGCGGACCUCUGGGCUGCCUAGAGCAGCAGGCGGAUGCGCAGCUGCAGCAGUGGCUGCGGCUGCGAGGGCCCAGCCCCGGGCCUGCCCACAGGCCCUUCCGCACAAGCAGUCGCCCUCCAGAGCGGGCGAGAGUGAGUGGAAAGCUCCUUACCAGCAGGAACUGUCUUAUCGACACUGUCUUUCCCGGGUGCUCCUCUACUAGGCUCCUGAUAAGUUGUCUGAUAUCCUCAAGUCACUACAGACCAACCCAGCUCUGAACUGUUAUCCUCCUUGGCACUUAGCUUCUCUAGAACUUGAAUAUCUGUUUCCCAAAUAGUGUUUGAGCCUUGCUUCAUACAACAGAUGUGUUUGUGAAAAGCUGUGCCAAGUUGGGUUUUUCUAAGUGGAGCCCAAUUUCCAGUGCACCAUGGGACCUCAACAUUUAAAGAAACCCUGCAGUGAAUCAUUGGAUAAAGGGAAGAAUUGCCUCCUACAGCAUGGACCUGCUCCACCUGCACCCCAACUUCUGAAAGGCAACAGAAGAAGCCAGGUGGUAGACGGUUCCCAGGAAACAUCAAUGACCUUUGAAGAUGUGGCUAUUUACUUUACAUGGGAAGAAUGGAGGAAACUGGACCUUGCUCAGAGGGCCUUGUAUAGGGAAGUGAUGCUGGAGAAUUAUGGGAAUGUAGCCUCACUAGGGUUUACAGGACCCAAGCCUUACUUGAUCUCACAGCUGGAAAGAGGACAGAUGCUGUGGACUCUGGAUCUACAGGGGAUGGAGACCACUGAGGCCAGGAGAGGCACUUGGCCAGAUGGCAGGAUCAAGAGCAAAGAAUCUAUGCCAAAGUCAGGCCUUCCUGAAGAUGUGAUUUCCCAGAGACAAUUAUUUAUAGCAAAACAACAGGACAACUUGAGAAGGGCCACGUCCAGGCAUGUGGCUGCUUCUCCUAGGCCGAGCUCCACAGGCAGAUGUCCACAAGAAAAUAGUGUCUGGGAAAAGAGAGCUCAAGAAACAGACCCCGACAGAGAGGAGGGCCCAAGUGGGGAGAAACUCAGGAACUGCAAUCUUAGGCAAAAGUCAGAGCUUCCCAGGAAUCAGACUGCCCCUCGAGGAGAGAAGUCCUAUGAAUGUGAUGAAUGUGGGAAAGCCUUUCGGUGGAAGUCACUGCUCAUCCUCCACCUGCGAAUUCACAGUGGAGAGAAGCCUUACAUGUGUAAUGAAUGCGGAAAGGCCUUCAGUCGGAGUUCUGACCUGACCAACCAUAAGAGAAUUCAUAAAGGAGAGAAGCCUUACGAAUGUCACGUGUGUGGGAAAACUUUCACAUGGAGCUCAAAUCUCAUUAACCACAAGAGAAUACACAGUGGAGAGAGGCCUUACCAAUGUAAUCUAUGUGGGAAAUCUUUCACUCAAGGCUCAAUCCUAAUAAAACACCACAGGAUUCACAGUGGAGAGAAGCCCUUUGAAUGUAAUGAGUGUGGGAAAACCUUCAGUCAGAAAGGGAACCUUCUCAAUCAUCAGAAAAUUCACACCAGAAAAAUCAUUGUUGUGAACCCUAUGCACAUAAUAAACAUGGGAAAUCUGUGAGUUGAGCUAGUAGUUUUGUUCCCUUUGGGGUUAGGACACUGACAAACAGACCCAAUAAAAGAGUCCUCUGAUGGGUGUUAUGACACAAAUCCAGGGCAAACACCUUCCAGACCAAGAAGUAUCUGUAAAUCUCUUUUUAUAUCUCUUGGCCUAGGAAGUAUCUCAGUUAGUUUAUUCUGAUAAACUCCCUUCCCUUCUUCAAAUAGGAUACUUGAUUGGAACUCUCUAUGCCUUUCUCCCAGACUUCCUCUUUCACACUCAGCCCCAGAGCUAAUUAGGUCUCAGGCCAAAGUGAUGGGUCUGAACACAUCAUGUAUGUCUUGGAAAGCCUGGUUUUCCUCCAAAAUGUCGCUUAACUAGCCCACCUUUGUUUAGGAAGAUCCAUCAAGGAAGGGAAAAAAUGAAAGGUUUUCUACUUGUUAUUUAACAUUCAAACCUGUAAGCCCCUUCCCAGGCCUUAGUGUCCUCAUCUGUAAAUGGAGAUAACAGUAUUUCCUCUAGUUGCCUUACCGGGCUGUGCUUAGGAAGGUGCUUUGCAAACCUUAAUGUGAUAGAGAAACAGGAGGAGCGAAGUUGUUUGUCUUUUGUAAAAGUUUUCUUCAUUAAAUUGUAUUUUUUUCCAUUAGUCUCCUUCCCACCCACCCCUACCACUGG